AGAGGUUCAUUUUAUUGCACAAUGUCUAGAUCUAUAAAAAUUAGCGAAAGUAAAUUUGCUUGCUUGCCGGUGGAUAUUUCGGAGGAGGAUGAUAGAAAAAAGAAUAAAAAUGAUUCCAAAAAAUCAAAGAACGACAAGGCUGGGAAGAAACAAAAAGAAAAAGAAAAGAAGCAAGCUUUAAGAAAAGAGCGUAAUGAGUUAAGGUCUUUAGCUUUUGGAAGUGCACCGGCCGCCAAAACAUUAAUAAAUAUAUCUCCGAAAAAUAUUUCAUCCAAUGAUGGAAAAGAAAACGAAAAAACAGAAGAAGCAAUUCCUUCAGACACCGAAUCUUCAAACGAUAAAAAGAUAGAAAAGCAGAAUCUGAAUGAUUCGUUUGCCGAUUUAUCUUUGAAAAAUAGGAAAAAUUUACCCCCUUCUACACCACCUUCAUCGCAAACUUCCAUCGACUCCCUGGCUUUGGCAGAAAGUAUUGCUAGAGAAAGAGAAGUUCUAAUUCUAAAACUUAAAAGCGAGAAUUCAGAAAUAAAAUUGAAAAUGCAAGACCUGGAAAUGGAAUUACAUAAUGUAAAACUAAGAAAUUCUCUAUUGUGUCAAGCAAUGAAUCUAGGAGAGAUGAAAGAUAAGAAAGAAUUAUUAGUUGAAAAUUGCCGUUUGUCAACGCUUAAUGGUGAACUAACUUCGUGUAUAGCUAAUUUAAACGCGGAAAUUGAAAGACAGAAAUCAUUGGUUUCUCUAUCCGGAUCAAUUGAUACCACAGAAUCUAAAUCAAAAAAAGUAAACUAA